AUGAGGAAAGAGGAGGAGAGGCCUCCGAGUGCUGCGGAUGCAGAGCCCACCAAGCUCCGGCUUCGAAGGGAGCUGGGGCUGGCCAGCUCUGUGUCCCUGAUCGCGGGCUGCAUGAUCGGCUCUGGGAUCUUCAUGAACCCUCAGCAAGUCAUCUACUACAUGGGGAGCCCCGGGGGCAGCCUGGUCAUCUGGGCUGCCUGUGGUCUUCUGGCCCUGCUGGGGGCCCUGAGCUACGCUGAGCUGGGUACGUUCAUCCCCGAGUCGGGGGGAGACUACAUCUACAUCCUCAGGACCUUGGGGUCUCUCCCUGCCUUCCUGGUGAUUUAUGCAUCUACGCUGCUGAUCAGACCAGCCGGAAUCGCCGCCAUCUCCUUGAGCUUUGCCGAGUACGUGGUGGCCCCCUUCUACCCCGGCUGCCCCUCGAUACCUUCAGUGGCCGUCAAAUUCGUGGCCGCCAUCUGCAUCCUGGUCCUCACCUUGGUCAACUGCUGGAGCGUGAGGCUGGCCACCGGCCUGAUGAACGUGUGCACGGUAGCCAAGGUGUUGGCGCUGCUGGUCAUCAUCGGCGGGGGCCUCUGGGUCCUGGGCCAGGGUCAGGCCGGGGCUGCCCUGCAGAACGCCUUUGCCGGCACCAGCCAGCAGCUGGGGAGCAUCAGCAUCGCCUUCUACCAGGGCCUCUGGUCCUUCAACGGGUGGAAUAACCUCAAUCUGGUGAUGGAGGAGCUCCAGAACUCCAACAAGAACCUGGUCCGGGCUGCGGUCAUCUCCAUUCCCCUGGUCACUGGCCUCUACGUCCUCGUGAACCUGAGCUACAUGGUGGUCAUGAGUCCCAGCGACAUCCGCGAUUCCAGUGCUCUGGCCAUCAGCUGGGGGAACCAAAUCUUAGGAGACUGGGCCUGGCUGGUGCCUGUGUCAGUGGCUCUCUCAACAUUUGGCUCAGCAAACGGAGCCUUUUUCGGCGGGAGUCGAGUGUGCUACGUGGCUGCCAGGGAGGGACACAUGCCAGGCAUCCUAUCCAUGGCCCACGUGCGGCAUCUCACCCCUUCUCCAGCGCUGGCAUUCACAGCGGCCGUGGCUCUGAUCAUGAUCAUUCCGGGAAACUUUAGCAGCAUCGUCAACUUUUGCAGCUUUGUAUUAUGGAUGAUUCACGGAACGACCAUCAGCUGCCUCCUUUAUCUGAAAGUUAAGAAGAAGGACCAGCCCAGAUCCUACAAGGUUCCUAUCCUCAUCCCAAUCAUUGUUCUGCUGGCCUCCAUCUACCUGAUCCUGGCGCCCAUCAUCGACCAGCCACAGAUGGAAUUCCUUUACGUCUUCCUGUUUGUGCUCAGUGGCUUCUUGGUGUAUUUCCCCCUGGUUUACUUCCAGUACCAGCCCCAACUCUUGAAGGUGGCCACAGCACAGCUUCAGCUCUUCCUAGAAGUGGCUCCCACCAUGAAGAAUGUGGACUGAUGGCUUCAAGCCUCGCCAUGUCCCUCGGCUUCCUACUUUUAUUUUUAAUUGUGACUUAAGUGAAUGUGGACAGUUCGACAUGCAAAGAAUAAGAAAGAAGGCCGAGUGCGAGGUUGGGAGCUUUUGUUACAUAGAGUUUAGUUGUCAUCCUUGUUUCAUGUCUAUUAAAUCUCUUCUACA